GCUUUGUUGAUUGAUAUCAUGGACUCUGAAAAGUGGGAAUUAUUAAAAAACGAAAUUCACAACAAGUGUGUGACCUAUGACUAUAUAGACGCGGCUGAUAGUACACUUGCUGAAUUCAUUGUCAAUCUUGUUCAAGUUGGAAAGAAUGCUGUUGAAGUGAAUAAUGAACUCGGUCAAUUGGUUGGAUCAGAUUAUGAUCCCAAUGUGACGCAAUGGAUCUUUGCUCGUAAACACGAGUUAGAAAGUGCUUUGCCCGCCGCGCAUCAACAACAACAACAACAACAAGAAGAACCUAUGGAAACCCAUGAUCCAAAGCCCAAGAACAGAAUUUUCAGUAGAGCACUUGGUCAUGCACUAAAUAACAAUACCAGCAACUCAGAUCGACCUCGUCUUACUUCUUCGGGUUCACCUCAUCGCCUUGAUCGCUCUCGUAGUCGUUCCCGUUCACCUGUCCGUCAUUCAACGCGUUAUGAACGUGACUCUUCUCGUCAUGAUCGUCGCCACGAUCAUCGUGAAUCGCGCCAAGAAGAUAGACCUAGUGUUUUUGAUCGUCUAGGUACUUCAAAGCCUAUUCCCAAGCCUUCCCCUGUUACAGAAGAGACAAAGAAAGAACGCUGUAAAUAUUGGCCAACAUGUAAGAAUGGUAAAGAAUGUCCUUACUUUCAUCCUAGUAAGGUGUGUCGUGAUUUUCCCAAUUGUCCCAAAAAGGCCAAUGAAUGUAUGUUUAUUCACCCUGAAACAAGCCAACCACCAUUACCUGUGAUGACCAAAUUACCUAUUCCUUGUAAAUUUUUCCCUUAUUGUAACAACCCUGUUUGUCCAUACAUGCAUCCAACACCUCAACAACAACAAGCGUUUUUUAUGCAGACACAGCCUUCGUUUACACCACAGCGUGUGCAAGUGCCUUGUAAGAAUGGCGAUGCAUGUACUCGACCAGACUGCCAUUUUAUUCAUCCUAGAGACCCUAACCCAUUAUCUGAUGUGAUUUGUAAAUUUGAUGGAGCAUGUACUAGACCCAAUUGUUUUUAUAAGCACACAAAAGAAAACAAAAACAAGGUGCUUAUCAAUAAGCCUGAAAACACAAGUAGUCGACAUUUCUCUGUGCCUGAAGAUCAAGUCAAUGAACGUAUUCCUGUUGGUCAAAGUGCUGAUGUCAUCCAGCAAGAACAACAACAACAACAACAAGUGAUGGAUGUAGAUCGUGAUGUUGUCAUGGAUGCUACAUCAUAAAAAGUGAGGCUUUUUCUUUUUUUUUUUUUUUAAUUAUUAAAAAAG